AUGGCGGACAUUUCAAAACAAUUGACGAAAACAAGUAAAUUUUCUCAUUCUUUAAAGGAAAGAUUAGAUACAUUGGGGUGUCCAUAUACAGAAGGUGUAGACGAAUCUUGGGUUUUAGAACUAAUUUCUAAACCAGGGGAGCCACGAAUACGACUUUUACAAUGGUUGUUUUCAAAACUUGACUCUAAACUGAAUGAGCUACUAGACCCUCAUAAUGCACCAAUUGAAUCCAAAAUGGACUCCAGAAUACAGAGAUUGUUGUAUGUUUCCAGUACGUUAGGCUUAUGUAAAUAUAAUGAUGUUGAUCUGAUAAAGGGAAUAACAACAGGAUCUAAACAAUGUAGUUUUGUAGAUCAAUUGUUAGAUUUAGUUUGUAUAGUUGAUGUCUCAGAAGAUCCCAGGGCAAAGAUAUUUCAAAGUCCUGGAGUUGUUGGGGAAUCAUCAGGCCUAUCAGAACAGUACAUAGCUGACUGUAAUUAUGUUGAUCAGUUGGUCAUAGAUGAGAACAUGUCCACAUUAUUUAAUUCAAAAGUGAAUUUACUACGACCAGAUAUCUAUAAAAAUAUUGAAAUGAAAUGGGUGGAGAAAGGCUUUAGUAAAGGAAUACCUCCUUCUGUCGAUAUAAAUCAACUUAAAGAGAAAGCAUAUACAGUGGCCAAUAACUUAGAUCGACAAACUGUUUUACUUCAAGAUUUAACCAGAUCGUGUACAUACAGUGAAAAUGGUUCAGCUAUUGUUUCUACUACAACACGUACAUUACAAGUUGUAUUAUCAGAAUUAUCUCAAUUAGUUGUCAGCUUCACCUACUGUUAUGAAAAUGAAAUGAGGUUAUGGUGUAAUAAAACCCCACCAGUUCUCACUGAUUUAGGUCUAGCAUUCAAACGUGUGUAUAAUGUACUAGAGCAAUUCGUAGAGUUUCUGAAACACCUGGACAGUAUACACAAAUCAUAUUCUGAGCUAGGCCAGGAUGUUAAAAUCAAAGUGACAUCAAAAACAAAUUUAGUGCUAACAAGUCAAAUGGCUCUAGAAAACUUUCAAGAAUGCUUGACUAUACUGGAUGAAUCUAUUCAACGAACAACUGGGCCUGAAGCAUCAUGUAUUUCAACAAUAACAUCUGAACAAUUCUGUUGAUGAAUAAUUCCUACAUACAUGUGACAAAUGAACAAAAAUUCUGCCAAAAUCCUCUUCAGUAUGUGAGGCAGUCAGGCAGAGGUCAUAGCUUUUUAAAAUGGAUGACCGCUUUGCAUGCUUUACCAAUCAAAAGAUAAAGAGUAUUUAUAUUAAACCAUUAUAUGCCUGACAACAGUGCGAGAACGGUUGAAAGUAUUAACUAUUCUGGAAGUAUCCAUAAAUGAUAAUGUCUUAUUUAUCUAUAACUUGUUCACAUAUGCUGUUGGUUGACUUACACAUCAUUAGUCAUUACCCUUAACUUAACCAAGCUUUAUUUGGAUUUUAUCAGUUAUUGCCUGCAGAAAGAUUCAUCACUGGCUUUUGAUAUCAAAUAGCUUGAAAGAUUCAGCAUAGCUUUGCAGUUACUGGUACAGUCUUAUCUCAGCUUGGGAGUCUCCAUGAAAUCCAUCUGGUCAAGUCCAGUAUAUCCAGACUACAUCAGACACCAAGAUUCAAGGCCUAGCUGAUACAUUUUUUUCUUCACAAUUCAGUCCUGAACCUUCUCUAACUUUUCUCCCACAUCUUUUUCCACGACGAGUCUUCUUUCUUUUCUUUGCUGCUUCCAAAUCCAUGACAAUAUUUGUUAUCAAAUUCAACAUUAUCCGAUAAACACUUCUGCAAACACUUUCACGUCUUCACUAGGCAAGCG